AUGGUCAAACCGGAACUUGAUGGCUCUAUAGACUACUAUGGAUGCCUGCAUGUUCAGCCGACAGCGACGGCAGAGGAUAUUCGGCAACAAUACAGGAAGCUUGCACUUAAAUACCAUCCAGAUCGGAAUCCAGGGAAUGAAGCAGAGUAUAAGCAAAAGUUUCAGCUGGUGAAUCUAGCGUAUCAAAUUUUAUCGGAUACAGAGAAAAAACGAUCGUAUGACAGGAUACGUUUGAUUCUUUUGGCAAACAAGACAGUACAGCAGAAGCAAGAUAUUUCUCCUCAGGGUCAACCGUAUUUUCGUACAUCAUUUGGAUCACCGUUUGCGGCAAAGUAUUCCCAAACACAAACGAAGCCGUCGAGACCACCAGGGCAGCCAAGGUCUCCACAGUCGGCGAAAUCAUCGCCAAUCAACAAGACAAAGGGUGCAUCGCUGUAUUCAAAAAAGGGUGCAACUAUGCAUCCCGGUUAUGAGCAUUUAUUCAGCAAAUCAACAAGCGCAUAUUCUUUUUUUUAUAGGGGAAAUUCGCCUAAAUUCAACCCUCGAAAGCCAUCGCCUAGUUCUUCACAACCCUCGGAAAUGCCGAAAAAGCAUGAUGAUUCAAAUCCCAUUGAUAAUGAUAACGUUAAAAAGACUUCAGUACCGUCAAAAAAUAUGGACCCGAAAAAGCAGUCAUUUGAAAAAGAAAACCUUAAGGAUGCUUUUAAAAAGGACACACAGACACAUGAUGAAAAGGCGUCUAGUAAACAUACUUUUUUCAAUAUUAAGUCUAGGGAUGAGCAAAAGAAUAUAUCUUGCUUACAGUCACGAGAUGAUAACGCGGUUAAUAAUAAAAAUGUGCAUGCAGAAAAGGUGUUUCCUGAAGAGUCAUCUGGGCUAUUUUCCUUUUCUAUGAAUGAAAAAAUCUUUUCAGAUGUUGAACCCCUAAAACGAUCGACUGUAUUUGAGAAAUUUCCGGAUAAUAAACUUGAUGAAUCAUCUUUCUCUUUUUCAUCUAUACCGGCUGACUUACAUUUUGGCAAAGAAUCAUGUGUAAACGAUGAUCCUGAAUUAAACGAUGACAAAGAAACUCGAUCUAGUUCACUUAGAGGUACUUUGAAGCAAAAUAAAAAGAAAAACACUACUAGGUCGCUCCGAAAUUUAUCUUCACAAAUUGAAACAGUAUUUAAUCCAGUGUUUUCAGCAAAAAUACCUGAUAGCUGGUCUUCCAAAAAUGAUAUUCCAAAAGAUAAUGAUUCUACACAAGCAGAUAAUAAACACUUUGAUUUAAAAAAUAUGGAUUCAGAACUUUUCAAUACUGAUUCGGAGAAAGAACCUUCUCUUUCUUCUAAAGCUUCAUUUAUUACAAAAAACCCAUCACUUUCCUCAAAAACAAUCGAUUCUUUAAUGCCAAAUGCACAUCCGAAAGAUAUAAAGAAAUCAAUUAUACUAAAUAAUGCUUCCGGGACUCCUGAUUCUGCUAUUGCUACAUUUGAAGAUAAAUAUAAAGAAAAAUAUGGCAAAAAACCAGAAAAUGAAUUUAAAAGCACAUUUCAAAAAAACACAGAAACAGAUUCUACUAAUUCGAGUUUAUUAUCAGAAAGAGUUCGCAAAGAACUAGAGUCUUAUCGUAACUCUAAACUUUCUCAUGAAGCAGAAAAAGCAAACAAAACAAAUAUUACCAAACCUGUAUCGGGUAGUUUUCAUGUACUAGAACAGCUUGAGGGUUUAGCAUUGUCGUCAGAAUCAUCUGAAAACAGUCAAAACUCGGCAUUUCCCGAAACAUGUAGAAAUUCAUUUUCUUGGCAUUCACGGCUGCAAACAAAAGCAGAAAAACAAAUUCAGGAAUUAAAAGAUUUAAGCAAUGUUUCAAACACACUUUCAAAUACAAAAAAAACAGCCAAAUCUCUAGGUCUUCCGGAUUUUCCAGACCCUAUUAUUCCACCAUUGUCUCCUUCUGUUCCUAAUUAUCUCACACCAUCUUCCUUUUUACUAUAUCUCAAAGAGAUGGUUAAAUAUCAGCAAAUAUGGCAUACUUAUUCAUCUGCUUAUACAAAUUUUUUUCAAAAAUGGGCUGAAUAUAGGGAAAAUUGUCAUCAAUUUGAUCUUUUAAAGGAUACUGAAAUUUAUGAAAUGUUUCUUGUGGUUACUGAAAAAGAAGAAAAAAUUAGAGAAGGGUGGUGGUCAGAAGAAAAACGAUAUAGGCAAGCAUUACGGGAUUUUUUGAAUAUUAAAAGGCGUUAUGAGCAUAAUGAAUGGUCUUCUAUUGGAACUGUAUGA